AUGCCGCCUCAGAUCAAACAGGACCUCAACCGCUCUGGUUGGGAGUCUACUGACUUUCCGUCCGUAUGCGAAAGCUGCCUUCCCGACAACCCAUAUGUUAAGAUGCUGAAGGAAGACUACGGCGCCGAGUGCAAACUUUGUACGCGACCCUUUACCGUCUUCAGCUGGAGCGCCGACAGCGCCCACGGUCGCAAAAAGAGGACGAACAUCUGCUUGACGUGCGCACGACUCAAGAACUGCUGUCAGACAUGCAUGCUCGAUCUCUCCUUCGGCCUACCAAUCGUCGUUCGAGACGCUGCCCUGAAAAUGGUGGCACCCGGUCCCUCCUCCGACAUCAACAGGGAGUACUUUGCGCAAAAUAACGAGCAAGCAAUCGAAGAGGGCCGCGCUGGCGUCGAAGAGUAUGAGAAGACUGACGAAAAGGCGCGCGAGCUCUUGCGCCGACUAGCGACAAGUAAGCCGUACUUCAGGAAAGGCAAGGCCAUCGAGGGUGCGGACGCGGGGGGCCAAGGGGGGUCAUCUAGAGGGGGAGACCCUGCGGUAGGUGCCGGCGUGGGCGGUGCUGGUCCGAUUCGCACCGGGGACUCGAGAGCCGCGGCUGCGGCAGGCGCCGGGCCUGGAGGCAGAGCGAAACAGGCGUUUCCCAGUGCUGCGCAGCUGCCUCCCGGCCCUCAGGACUGGAUGCCACCUCAAGAUAAGAACAUCAUGUCGCUCUUUGUCACGGGUGUCGAGGACGACCUGCCAGAACACAAGAUCAGGGACUUCUUCAAGGCCCAUGGCAAGAUCAAGAGUUUGAUCUGCUCACACAUGUCGCAUUGCGCCUUUGUCAACUACGAAACGCGCGAAGGUGCCGAGAGGGCUGCAGCAGAGUGUAAGGGGCGCGCCGUCAUUGCAGGUUGUCCGCUCAGGGUCCGUUGGGGUGUGCCCAAGGCCAUCGGUACCAUGGACAAGGAGCAGCGCGGACAUAUGCUCAGGGAUGGUCGCCAGAUACAGGGAGGGGCGAGAAAAGCAGGGCAGCAGGGUGGCCAGAAGCAGCUUACGGGCGGCGGAGGCGCAGACGAGGGCGAGAGCAGCCACGGCGCAGUCGCGGCGCCUCCUCCCGGAGCCGACGACGGGCCCCAGUAUGCCAGUCUGGCGGGCGAGUGA